CUCUGUGUGAAGAGGAAACACUGGGCCACAGUCACAGAGGAAGGAGGGGGGGUUUUUACUUGACGACACAUUUCAAUAAGUCUCACUUCACAAAGUGUCAGGAUGGAGGAAACAUCUCUACUGUGGCUGCUCUUUCUGACUUCACUGCUGAGCUGCACAACAAACCAAACCUCUCUGACUGUGAGUCCCAGCAGAUCUCAGAUGUUUAGAGGUGAGUCUGUCUCUCUGAGCUGUGAGGAGGACAGCUCUGCUGGAUGGACUCUAAGGAGGAACACAGACAAAGAAACCAGGACUCAGUGUGGAGGUGGCUGGGGAAUAUCUGCUGGUUCUUCCUGUAACAUUAGCUUUAUGCUUACACGACACAGUGGAGUUUACUGGUGUGAGUCCAGAGAGGGAGCAACCAGUAACAGCAUCAACAUCACUGUCACUGAUGGACCAGUGAUCCUGCAGAGUCCUGUCCUCCCUGUGACGGAGGGAGAAGACCUCACUCUGCUCUGUAAAACAGAGAGGUUCUCCAACCUCCCAGCUGGUUUCUAUAAAGAUGACUCCUUCAUCAGGACUGAGCCUGCAGGUCACAUGACCAUCCACCAUGUUUCCAGGUCUGAUGAAGGCCUCUACAAGUGCAACAUCAGCAGUGUUGGAGAGUCUCCACCCAGCUGGGUCUCUGUCACAGGUGAGGAGGUUACCUUUGAUUUCAGGAGCUCAUUCAUCCAGAUAUUCACCUGA